AUGGACACAACUGAAGAGCAUGCUAAUGAGGUGAAAAAUGCAGCUGAGGAAUUCUCCCUACACAGGCAUAAAAUGACGGAAAAGAUAAAACAGGAGAAAAAAUUAGAUAUUCAGCAUGAGGUACGCAUAGCUGCUAAAUUUAUCACUCAUGCACCGCCAGGGGAAUUCAAUGAAGUGUUCAACGAUGUCCGGCUACUACUUAAUAAUGAUAAUCUCCUCAGGGAAGGGGCGGCACAUGCGUUUGCCCAGUAUAACAUGGAUCAGUUCACGCCUGUGAAGAUAGAAGGAUAUGAAGAUCAGGUCUUAAUUACAGAACAUGGUGACCUGGGUAAUAGCAGAUUUUUAGAUCCAAGAAACAAAAUUUCCUUUAAGUUUGAUCACUUACGGAAAGAAGCAAGUGACCCCCAGCCAGAAGAAGUAGACGGAGGUCUGAAGUCUUGGAGAGAAUCCUGUGACAGUGCUUUAAGGGCCUAUGUGAAAGAUCAUUAUUCCAACGGCUUCUGUACUGUUUAUGCUAAAACUAUAGAUGGGCAACAGACCAUUAUUGCAUGUAUUGAAAGCCACCAGUUUCAGCCUAAAAACUUCUGGAAUGGUCGCUGGAGAUCAGAAUGGAAGUUCACCAUCACACCACCUACAGCCCAGGUGGUUGGAGUACUUAAGAUUCAGGUUCACUAUUAUGAAGAUGGCAAUGUUCAGUUGGUUAGUCAUAAAGAUGUACAGGAUUCAGUAACUGUUUCGAAUGAAGCCCAGACUGCCAAGGAAUUUAUUAAAAUCAUAGAGCAUGCAGAAAAUGAGUAUCAGACAGCAAUUAGUGAAAACUAUCAAACAAUGUCAGACACCACAUUCAAAGCCUUGCGCCGGCAACUUCCUGUUACCCGCACCAAAGUCGACUGGAACAAGAUACUCAGCUACAAGAUUGGCAAAGAAAUGCAGAAUGCUUAAAGGCUGAAUGUAGGAUUCUUCAGUACAUGGAAAGAAAGGAUUCAGCGUGUGGUCAUAUGAUAAAUAAGUGAUUUAUAAACAAGAGUGAUAUUUUGCUAGGGCUUUCAAAAGUUAACAGGUUUUCUAGCCUAAUGGAAUACUGUUGAACCUAGAGCAUUGUCUUGAUUCUUUUGUGUUUUCUGCCUUGUAAUUUUGUUUUCACUAUAUCUACUUUUAAAUUUUUUUUUUUUUAAUUCUGCCACAUUUAAUGAUGGAGAGAGAUAUCUACCCUGGAGUCAUUUUACUGUUUAGAAAAUUUUCCUAGCCAUGAAGCCCUGUUACUGACAUAGACAGGUAAUAUAUUCAGUACUUUUCCACCCCAUCCUUCAAAGUACUUCUGGUGUUCAGUGGUUUUUACUGAUUGACCAACAGCUAAAGAGGCUGUGCUGCAAACUGUAGCUGAAUGGAAGACACAUUCAUCCUUCUCCCUCCAGUUGCUUUGAUCAUCAUUUAUAACAUCUCUUAACUGUAGUUUCAUAUGUUUGGAUUGGGGCUUUUCGGGUUCAUUUUGGAGGCCAAGGAAGUUUUCUGGAAAUUCCAUCAUAGCCAACUUCUCUGGGGAAGUUGUUUUUAAAUCCAAAGACUUGAACCACAUUCCCUACAUCAACAUGUUUGCUUUUUCCCUUUCCCUCAUUGUCUCCUUCCCACCUAGUACCAUUAUAGUUAUAGACGUGCAUUUUUAGAAGAGUGUUAUCCAUUUUUAUUACUGUUUUUUUAAUAUUCGAAAACUGCUGACAUACUAGGGGUAUAGUAGAGUAUAAAACUUGAAGAAAUGCAGAUGUUGAAGGAAUAAUAGGUAUCUUGUGCUUUAAUACUUUGUGGCAGGAUUGUUCUAUAAGUGAAUGAAUCAAACAACUAUGUUAAUCACAAACAAAAAACUAAAAAUGAACCAAAGUGAAAAGGAUAAGUUUCAGGCAGUAUCUUUCUAUUGUAACCUGUUAUUUAAGGGAAUACUAGUGAUUUGUUCUAAAUAGGAUGUAAUACUUAUUCCAAAUUACUCUUCCUCAGUCCUGCCUGCCAACUCAAAUAUAACUGUGAUAUAGCAACCCUUCCCAGGUUUAUUGGCAGGUACAGGUGUGAUCUCAGAAUACACAGGUGACAUAGAUAUGAUAUGACAACUGGUAAUGGUGGAUUCAUUUACAUUGUUUACACUUCUAUGACCAGGCCUUAAGGGAAGGUCAGUUUUUUAAAAACCGAGUAGUGUCUUCCUCCAAACACACGUCAAAAAAGAAGGGUGUUUGUGUUUUGGCUUUGUUUUUGCUGAGUAAUACAGUCAAGCAAGAGUUUAUUUUUAAGUGACCUGUUGAUUUGUGUAAGCAUUUUUGUUUAUUUCAAAUAAAAUAUAUUUGUAUUACUUGUCAUUCAUACUGUCCAUCCAUACUACACUAUCCUCUGUAUCAGGUAGUCCAAUAG